UGUGGUGGGUGUCUUUGUUUUAUGCAUAUAUGCUUAGUCCCCCAACCCCAACUAUAUAUAGCCGCCAAUCCAUGCACAAAUCCUUUAUCCUAUCAAACUAAUUAAUAGGUGCAGCUUUAAUUUGUAAGAAAUGGCGUCAACUUCACUGAGUUCGCGUAGGCCCGCUUCAUGGACCGUGCAAGAGAACAAACUGUUUGAGAAAGCGCUCGCCCGGUUCGACCGGGACACGCCCGACCGGUGGCAGAACGUCGCGAGGGCCGUCGGCGGCGGAAAGUCGGCGGAGGAAGUCAAGAUGCACUACGACAUUCUCAUUGAGGAUCUCCGCCGAAUUGAGUCCGGCCACGUGCCUAUUCCCAACUACAGCAACACUACUACUACUGCUGAAGAAGAAAAAAGGCUUCUAAAGUAUCUCAAGAUGUGAUGAUCAGCAUGUUUGGAGGAAUCAAUACGAUCAGCUUCCGGAUUGAAUGCAUGCAAAACAGAAGCUAUAUAUAAUGUUGAUAUUAUAUUUUGGUCUAAUUUCAUUUUUGGAGUUUUUCAUCAGAGAUUAAUAUAUUUUAUGCACUAUUUUAAUCUACAAUUAAUGAUGUAAUAUGUCCCUACAUUUACUUUUUAUUUAAUUAAGUGUUUGUCUAUCAUA